AUGAAGAGCCAGUCGACUGCAAAGGCGGCACCGAAGAACAUCUCCGUGUUUCUUCGUGUGCGUCCCACCAUUGCCCGUGAGUCGAAGGACUCAUGCAACAACCUGACCUUUGACCCCAGCGAUCCGCAGACCGUUACCGUGACGCGAAAGAGCGGCUCAAGGGCGAUUUCCAAGUCGUAUACGUUUAACAAAGUCUUCACCCCGACGACGGGGCAGACGGAGGUGUACAACGAGUUUGCGCGGGGCGCCGUUGACGCCGCCUUUGAUGGUCAACAUGGCGUGCUUUUUGUCUACGGGCAAACAGGCUCUGGUAAGACGUACACCAUUAGCAAUGAUGACCCAAAGAACCCUGGCAUGCUGCAGCAAGGCCUACACGAUGUCUGGAAUCGCAUUUACAAUGACCCAGAGCACGAUUACAGCUGCACUGUGAGCUAUGUGCAGCUGUACAAUGAAAUCCUGACGGACCUGCUGGACGCAGAGAAGGGGCGUGUGCGUAUUCAGCUUGGCCCGGAAGGGUGCGGCGACGUCGUGCUUGUCGCGGAGUCGACUGGCCUGCCCAUUGAGAAGGGCGUGCAGAAUUACGAGGAGGCAAUGGAGUUGUUUGCCCUUGGCAUGAGCCGCAAGGAGAUGACAAGCACGGUGAUGAAUGAGAGCAGUUCCCGCUCCCACACCAUCUUCAACUUCAACAUCACCCGCUCCAAGAAGGUGAAGGCGGUGGAGUUGGGCGAGACGCCGACGACGGCGUUGGAGGGCCGUCUUGUGAUUUGCGACCUGGCCGGCAGUGAGCGGGUCAGCAAGACGCACGCCGAGGGGAAGACGCUGGGCGAGGCAACCCACAUCAACGGGAGCCUGCUCGUCCUCGGGAAGGUGGUCGCGGCACUGACGGAGAAGAGCUCCCAGCACGUGCCGUUCCGUGAGUCCAAGCUGACCCGCAUCCUGCAGUACUCGCUGCUGGGCAACGGCAACACCUCCAUCGUGGUCAACUGCAGCCCCGCCGACGAUUCCUCCGAGGAGACGCUGGGCGCCAUCAUGUUCGGCCAGCGGGCAAUUCAAAUCAAGCAGGAGGCGAAGCGCCACGAGGUGCUCGACUACAAGGCACUCUACCUGCAGCUCAUGGCUGAGCUCGAUUCCAAGAACGACGGAACACUGGAGGAUGCCCUGGGAGAGGAGCGGCGCGUGUACGAGGACCGUGUCAGCGCCUUGGAGGACCGUGUAAAAAUUCUUGGCACCGAGAACGAUCUCCUGCGGCAGCAGAUCGCGGCGCUGCAGCGCGGGGACGCUGGCGGAAGGGCCGUCGACGAUGCCGCCGCCGGCUGGCAGACGGUAAGUAGGCAGAUGCGGGAGAAGCUGAUCGAGCGCGAUGCGGAGGUCAAGUCCAUCACGGAGGAGAGGUUCAAGCUCGCCAUCCUGCUUGCGGAAGAGAAGCGCACGACGUUCAGGCUGGCGGAGCGUCUGCGCUCCAUCAUGAUACGCUACCAAAUGGACUCCAGGCAGUGGACGCAGCGGCAGGAGGAGCUUGGCCUGGAGCUGGCGCGACUGAAAGGCACGGACUACAUCAGCGUCACGGGCGACAUGAGCGAGUGCGCCUCGCCGGGUGCGGCGGCGAGUCAAGCCUAUUCCACGGAUUCCAUGAACACCUCCCCGGGGAAGGGCGAUGGGUACUUGCAGGAGCAGCUGGAGAAGGCCUACACACGCAUCCGCGAGCUGAAUGAGGAGCGAGUGGAACGCAUAGUCUACCAAUCCAAGGCGGAAAAGGCUAUUCGUAUGCUGCACGCCGAGAAGGCGGCCCUCGAGAAGAGGCUCGCCCAGUAG